AUGGGGAGGGAAGUGAACUUUAGAAUCCAUUGUGGUUGGAACAAUUGGAGGAAAGUCUCUGGCGGGAUAUGUGACAAGAGAGUACCAGUGAGACUGAAAGGUAAAGUUCACAAGGCAGUAGUCAGACCUGCCUUGAUCUACGGCCUGGAAGCAGCACCUCUGAAGAAGUCUGAAGAGAAGAAGAUGAAUGCGGCAGAAAUGAAAAUGUUGAGAUGGAUGGUAGGAGUGACAAGAAGAGAUAGAAUCAGAAAUGAAUACAUCAGAGGGACAGUUAAUGUAGUUGAGGUGUCAAAGAAGAUUCAAGAGUCAAGACUGAGAUGGUUUGGACAUUUGAGAAGAAGAGUUGGCGAAGAUCAUGUUGGAAGUGAAGUCAUGGAGUUGGCCCUUACCUUUGCAAUACCCUUCAGCAUCAUUUUGCAAGACUUGCAUUCUGGUUAA